AUUUUCUUUCAUUUACCUCCAAACUACCAACAGCAUUUCAACUCUGAUUUCCGUUUGCCAACUCGAGAAAGAUGGAAGUUAAGGGGAAUAUCGUUUCAGGAGUUAUGUUGUUCGGAGUAGUGUUAAUUUGGGGAAUGUUCGUAGUGCAAAUUUCAGCACAACCGGCAUCGGCACAAACAUGUUAUUCAAAAUGCCUGACUAAGUGUACAUUACCUCCAAAAUUUAAACAAUGUCAAGGAGUAUGUAAAUUAAAAUGUGCAAGCAAUGGUGAGCAAAUCGCUACUGCUGAUAUCCCUAAGGCUGUCGUCUCAAACGAAGAUACUACUAAGCAUAAGUAUUGUGUACUUGGAUGCGCUUAUUCCAAGUGCGUUGACAAAAGCACCCCAACGGACCCUCGUGUGGACGAAGUUGAUCGUUGUAUAAGCUCCUGCGAUGAGACGUGCAUCAAAAACUAAUUAAUCUUUGAUUAAUUAUUUGUCAAUCUUCAUCUUCAAUAAGCAUACUUAUUUAGUUAAUCUUCGUCUUUAAUAAGUUUGGGCUUCAAUAUAUUGAUGUAUCCAUUCCCCAAAUGAAUAAAUACAGUGUAUGGCUAGAUUCUCCUCGUCACAAAUGAAUAAAACGAUGUGGAUUAGAAUAUGAACAAA